AUGAGCGAGAAGAUCGAACAAGACGACAUCCCGCUCGCCGACGAUGGUAAGAUUCACUUAUAGGAUCUUAUCAGCAUUCUAGAUCUUGUUUCAUUGUUCCUUUUAUGCUUCGAAAUUGCAGACAUUUCUUUUUUCAGAUGAUACAGUGACGAUCAUCAGUGGAGGAAAGACUCCGCGGGCGGCGCAGCCAUUGCCGAAGGAAGAGCCGCCAGAGGAUCCAGAGGAGAAAGCAAGACUCAUCACGCAAGUGCUCGAGCUCCAAAACACUCUCGAUGGUACUUAUCACCUUUAAACACGCUGGCCUACUAAAAAGACCACAUCGUUUUCAGAUCUCUCGCAGCGCGUCGAAUCGGUGAAAGAGGAGAGUCUGAAGUUGCGGUCGGAGAACCAAGUGCUCGGGCAGUACAUUCAGAACCUGAUGGCUUCCUCGUCGGUCUUCCAGUCGUCGCAGCCUCCUCGGCCCAAGCAGUAGGUGUUGUGUCGUCCUUCCCACCCACUUCCCUGUUUCGCCUCAGUCUCUUUUGCCUAUUUAACUCGUUAAUUUACCCAAUCCACGUGUAUCCGAGCUUAUCGUACACUCGAUUGUCUUUUAAUUAUUACCGAAUCCGAGAAUCACUUUCCUUCCUGUCCCGUGCAUGAUUUCAUACCUACUCUUGUCACCCACUAAUCCCGCUUUAAACCCUUCAACCUUUUGAACCGCCCAUUCUUGUCAUUCAGACUUUAGGUGACUGUGGAGUGCGCCGAGCGUAGUUUCCUACCAAAGUUGUUGAAAGCCAUCCCCCCCCCCCCCUAUAUACCUUAACUUACUGCUUAAUAAAUUGUUCAAUUUGUGAAGUUUCAACACACAAAACAGUAAUUUUGCAGAGCCGAUUCAGUUCACGACGACGAGUUUGGAGACUACGAGUACUAG